AUGGUUGAUCAACCAGGAUCCCCAACCAAGAAGUCUCCUGUUCGCAGCGAACAUCCUUCAAUCCUCGACCUCCAAUACCUCAAAGGCCGCGUCUCAUGGAUUCGAGACGAACUAGAUCCUCUUGUCGCUCGGGAUGGUCCGGAUACCCUACGACCUGAUACUGUCAUCAUUCUCUUCAAAUUCUUUGAGCAGUUACGCACAUGUCAAUUAACUCAAGAAGCUAUCCGCGACUCCCGCAUACACCUGGCCCUCAUCGAGAUUUCUAGGCGUGCUACCAGAUGGCCGGUCAGACUUAUUGAAGAAGCCGAAGAAAUUAUUAUCAAAUGGGAGUCCAAGUGGGGCUCACUCUCAAACAUCAAGGUCAAUCUUUACGAUACAGGCGGAAGAUUACAUGGCAUCAGCACUCCCGAGGAUAUCCAACGAAAAUUGCUACUCAACAAAUGGUCGCGCAAAGAGACCGCAUGGGUCAACCCAAACUUAGCGAGGCGAAAUGGAGACCUUGGUUUUCUACCAGGAGACUGGUGGAUUAACACCAUGUUUGCAUAUCACGACGGCAUCAUUGCCAACCCAUCAUCAGAUAGUGGUGUCACCACCUGUUAUACACAAGCAUACGCCUUGCUUUUGGCGGAUAAUGACGAGCUGGAAUGUACAGAUCCAGCACACUUCACAUACCGCUCGUCUUCAGGUGAUGUUAGACGGUACCACCUUUGCGCCGGGACGCUGGCCUCAAGACGGCCCAUUCGUGUGCUGCGAAGUCAUACUUUACGGAGCUUCUUCGCUCCACGUGCUGGCGUCAGAUAUGAUGGGCUUUACAAGGUCUCUGGAUGGCGCAUUACUCAGGAUCCCAAGACGAAAGAGAUCCACUAUAACAUAUCCUUCGAUCGUCUGCCUUCGGAGCCAUCACUUGGUCCGGUGCUAGAACACCCGACUGCGGAAGAACUAGAUGACUACCGUGAAUACAAACGCAUCCGAAAAGAUAUCCGAAAAAAUCGCAACCUUUUGCGUCACGGUCUGCGAUUCGGUGCUUCCAACACCGCUUCCAAUUCGACUCAGGACCAUGUUUCAAUAUCAAAGAAGACUGACAGUCAUGACACCAUAAAGACUAUACAAAAAUCGGUUGCUCGGAGGAGACCCAGCUCGCUGUCCCUCCAAAUCUCAGCUUCCGAGCCUCCUUCUUCUGAUCGGAACGUGCCAACGAAGUCUGAAGGAAACCCUUUCUUUNCCAGCUCAGCACCUGAUGACAACCCCUUCUUCUCUGGUGGUCUGGACUCGCAAACCGGUCUUGGCAAGAUCAACACGCUGCGUCCAGAUAUGAUCAACUAUGCACCUGUGCUACAAGCCGCCUCUGAUGCUGGUGCGGCCAUCGAUCCAUUCUUUGCAAACGCUUUAGAAGAGCAAGCAUCGAAGAGGGCAGCUGCUUUUAGAUUGAGUAUCAGCCCACCGACAUCUCCACGGUCAGUGAAAUCGAUGAGCCUCAAUCUCGGUGGUAGGAAACCGAUGGUUGGAUUCAUUAGUACGAUUCACGAGGCAGAUGAGCAGAAAAGCGAUUCGUACACGAGGCGAGACUCACAAAGCCCGGUGCUUUCCAAAGGCUGA